AUGAUGGGUGGGGACAUAGACCACAGCGACAUCCUGAACGCCCUCGACGCCAAGCGGAAGAGGUGCGUGAGGAAGUGGAGCAAGCAGGAGGACGCCGAGAUGGUCAAGCUUGUGCUGGAGCUGGGAGUCAAGCAGUGGGGCCUGAUCGGCUCCAGGCUCUCGUCAUUGGGGGAGGACCGCACCGGCAAGCAGUGUCGCGAGAGGUGGCACAAUCAGUUGGACCCUGCCAUCAAGAAGGAUCCCUGGACGAAGGCGGAGGAAGACACCCUCAUGCGCGCCCACAGCAUACACGGGAACAAGUGGGCCGAGAUCGCCAAGAUACUCCCCGGCAGGACGGAUAACGCCAUCAAGAAUCACUGGAACUCCGCCAAGCGACGCCUCUCUCGUCAGCUGAACAUGAGCGUCAGCAGCGUGCUGGAUCGACGACGGUCAGUGUCUUCGUCAGGCGGGGAUGAGGAAGAACCUCAUCCGGACAGGGGGGGAGGACCGGCCGCCAGUGAAGGCUGUGGGGCAGGCGAAGGCGCCCGGACCUCGGCGGACUUGAUGUCGGCCCAGGCGCUGUUUGGGAAGAGCAUCCCGGGUCUGACGUCUUUCGACCGAGCCGAGAUGCACAGCUUCCAGCAGGAGAAGGCCCAGCUCCUCUCCGCCGCCCGCGCGAACGGGGACACGGAGAAGCGCAAGAUGCUGGAAGAGACCACCCCGGAUGUGCUUAACGCUAAGGGGCUCUUGAUGUUCCUGCGGCAAUCGCCCUCCUCGGAGACGCCCUCUCCGUCCGCUAGCCCGGAGCUUCAGCCUGCCACUGGAGCGGCGGCAGCGGCGGCGACGGCGGCGGGGGGGGAGGGACUGGUGCUCGAAGGCGACGGCAGGAGGAGCUCGAGCCCGGGAGGGGAUGAUGAUGAGAGGGCGGGCGGCGACGGCCAUGGUGGUGGUGGACACCACGACGGCGGCAGGGCGGGGAAGGCCGCGGUGGAGUUCUCCGGGGGAGGCGUGUGCGCGGCGAAGGGGCCGUUGACGGCGGAGGAGGACGCGGCGGCAGUGGCCCCAGCGCGGGCGGGUUUCGCGGCGGCGGCGGCGGCGGCGGCGGCGGCACCAGAAAGAACAGUGCGGCCACCCACGCGGCCCUUCGCGGGGCCGUGCCUAGCGAACGGAGACGGCGGUGGCAGGGAGCGGGGUCUUAGGGGUAACCGUGAAGGCGGAGAGCAGGACGGCGGGCGCUGCGGUUCCUACCGCGCGCCUUCUUCGCCGGUCAAUGUUGUCGAUUUUUUGCCGUCGCGGCCGUGGAGUGGUGGUGGUGGAGGUGUCGGUGCUGUCAUCGGUGUGCGCCGGGGUGCUAGCUCGACCGCCGUGCCGGUGUCGCCGGCCACACCCGCCGGCCGUUCGGUGUUUGGUGAUGUCGGAGGCGGCCGUCCCGCGGUGCCCGCUCCCGGUACGGCGAUGGCUGCCCCAAGAACCGCGCCGAAGCCUAGGAAGCCGCGGUUUAGGAUCCCUGUGGUGACGCCGAGCCCGUCUUCGACGGCCAACGCUAGCAGCCAGCCCCGCCGGGCUCCCCUCGCCGUUCAUCAUGCAACGCCGCCGACUCCGAGGUCAUCGGGCCCUAACACAACGGCGGCGCCUUAUUCGAUCGGCGGCGCUUCGGCGGCGGUGGCACCGCAGCAAGUAGCCGUGACUCCGGGGACACCGUCGGCGAGGCGGUCACCUGUGGAGCUGUUUACGCCGUCGCCGGUGCCGUCGUCAUCGGCGGCGGCGGCGGCGGCGGCGGCGGGCCGCGGCGGGCGGCGCGUCACCGGUAGUGGCGCUGCUGAUUCUCCUACCCCUCCCGCAGAUUUCGACGGCCGCCGGUGUAGAUCGCCGAAACGCACGGGUAUACCCCCCGAGGCAAACGCUGGGCGAAACGGCGGCAGUCGCGCCGCGCCGUCCAAGCGCAAGCAGGGAGAGGAGGGGAAGAAGGUAGAAGAGGCGCAGAAGCGGCCGAGAGCUUCCGCCGUUCAAUAG